AGAUAGAAGCUAAUCCUGGUUGUCUUGAUGGGCGGCGUAGAGGCGCUGCCAAAUCUGGCAGCAAAAUAGAUUUGCACCACCGCACCUCUGCUGCUACAGUCCUCCGUUAUGGCACCUUAAGCGUGUAACGAACUCGACGUGAAUUCAUGCUCGGUAGCUGACUGUAUCCUGUCUGUUUCCUACGGCUGAGCAAGACGCUGACCCCACCGGAGACACGAGCCGCGGUGCGGACGGGCUGAAGCCGCCACAAUGAGCUCCGAACACCAGAGCGACAGCGAGGACGCCGACGAGUCGCAGGAUAGGCCCGGCAGCACCGGCAAGAAAGAAGACCCCGUUGGAAGACCGACACAGUCGGAGGUGGAAGAAGACGCCCCGCAGAGGGUCUGUGCUUCGCCUCCGGGGAGCAGCAGCGAGGACCAGCCGGAGGGAAGCGCUGGUUCCUCUCCUCCCCGCCUGGAGGAUGAAGAGCCCCGCAGCUCACCGGGCGCCGCUCCGCAGGCGGCGAGCGGUGGGAGCUCCAGUAGCGAAGGCUACAAGGGAAACAGCCUGUUUUCCUGGCUGCAGAGCAGGACUAUCAGACGGGGGCUGUUUGUAGACCCAGCCAGGGAUAACUUCAGGACAAUGACCAGCUUGUACUGCUCUAUGAACCCGGCUGUGGAGUCGGUCAAUCUGAGCUCUCAGACCCACGGAGCUGUAUUCAAUCUGGAGUACUCACCGGACGGGUCUGUGCUGACGGUGGCCUGUGAGCAGACAGAGGUCCUCCUGUUUGACCCCAUUUCAUCCAAGCACAUCAAGACCCUCACAGAGGCCCACGAGGAUUGUGUCAACAACAUAAGGUUUUUGGACAAUCGCCUGUUUGCCACCUGCUCCGACGACACCACCAUUGCAUUAUGGGACCUUCGUAAGCUGAGCUCCAAGGUCUGCUCGCUGCACGGCCACGCCAGCUGGGUGAAGAACAUCGAGUACGACACCAACACUCGCCUCCUGGUCACAUCCGGCUUUGACGGCAACGUCAUCACAUGGGACACCAACAGGUUUACGGAGGACGGCUGCCCGCACAAGAAGUUCUUCCACACUCGCUAUCUGAUGAGGAUGCGUCUGACUCCCGACUGUUCCAAGAUGCUCAUCUCGACUUCCUCAGGGUACCUACUCAUCCUUCACGACCUGGACCUCACCCAGUCCCUGGAAGUGGGCAGCUACCGCAUGCUGCGAGCCCGACGGACCCCGCUCAGUUCAGACGGAGGCACAUCGGCCUCUAGAUCGACCGUGACGCCCCGUCAGGGACACGACUCCAAGCUUCAUCCUCACAGAGAAGGUCUGUCCCCACGGAACAGCCUGGAGGUUUUAACUCCUGAAAUCCCAGGGGAAAAGGACAGAGGGAACUGCAUCACAUCCCUGCAGCUGCAUCCCAAAGGCUGGGCCACGCUCAUCCGCUGCUCCAGCAACAUGGACGACCAGGAGUGGACCUGUGUGUACGAGUUCCAGGAGGGGGCGCCCACGCGGCCGCUGGUGUCUCCCCGCUGCUCCCUGCGCCUCACCCACUACAUCGAGGAGGCCAACGUGGGCCGGGGCUACAUCAAGGAGCUGUGCUUCAGCCCUGACGGACGGCUCAUCUGCUCCCCGUACGGCUACGGCGUCCGCCUGCUGGCCUUCGACGAGCGCUGCAGCGAGCUGGCCGACAGCCUCCCCGUCCAGACCAGCUGCCUCCGGGAGAUCCGCUCCAUCUACUCGCACAGCGACGUGGUGCUCACCACCAAGUUCUCCCCAACGCACUGCCAGCUGGCCUCGGGGUGCCUGAGCGGACGCGUGGCGCUUUACCAGCCCAAGUUCUAGCAUCCGCCGUUGUUUUAAAAAAAAAAAAAGUAGAUUUUUUUUUUUUUUUUUUUUCUAAACCCGAUCACUGCAGACCUGGGGAAACACGUACCGGUCUAAGCCGCUGCAUAUAACAGGGUGGAAAUGCAUCAUGGAAGUGUUUUACAGACGGUUACCUUUUGCACAUUUGUGCGCAGGAUUUGCUAGAGCUAACCAGAGAUGCACCGAUCUGAGUUCUAUUGCCAAGUUCUAAUCUUUGCUAUUUGUACAGCUUUAACCUGCCGAUAUCAACUUUAGUCUAUUCCGAUUUCUGUUUGAAAACUAAUAUAUAGUGUAAGAAAAUACAAGAACAGAAUUCAGGAUAUGUUUCUUCCUUAUUUACUUACCUUAAGCUGCUAUUAUUUAUUUAUAUUAGGAGCAGAAACUAUGUUUUGAAAUAGUUUAACCAUAGAUUACAGCUACUUCUCUUUUACAAAACUAAAAUUCUGGAGUUCACAUUUUAAAUGACCUUUAGCAUUUUAUAGAAGUGAUUUGCAUUACUAAACAGAAGCUGUAUCCUAUUCAGCCUUCCUGUUGUCUGUGAAAGUCUUGCUCUCUCUUGCUUUGCUGCAGCCUUUAUGAACCUCAGACAUAUAUUAUACUUGGUUUCCUUUCUUACACCUCUUUGCUUCCUCUAAAUUUUAAGCGCCUCACUGAUUCUGAAACUAGCUAACUUUGAGUCUUCACUCAGUAUAGCAUAUACUCUGAAAAGUAUUUUGUGCAAUCAGGUAGCACUUCCGUAUGGUGCAUUCACUGACUCAAAAAAGGUUGGAUUUUAACGCGUCCUCCAUUAGGCAAAAAAAAAAAAAAAAUCGUCCAACAGAUUCCUCGAUGCAUCACUACAUUUAGCUUAAGAACGUAGCCCAACUACGUGACAACCCAGGUCUGCAGCUGUUAAACGGGUCGACUUUGUUUAGGUGCUAGCUGUCAAACUGACGGCCAUUAACUGGCGUAAAGAAAUGACAGACUGAAGCUCUGGGCUAAUUGCCAGGUUGCAGCAGAGGAUGGACACUUUGAGCCCUGAAUUUAAAGACAUGACAUAGAAAAGCAAGCCCAAAAUUCAAAUACAAAGAAAUUGCAUUUUUGUUUUUGCAGACGAAACUUUCUGAACAGAAGUUCAAUGUAAUUCUUCAUGGAACUUGACAUCAGGCAACAGCAAACUGCUGGUCGUUUGUGGCUCCUUUAGUUGCUGAGUUACUUUUGGCCUCUUCAAUAGAACAUUUUUUCUUCUUCUUUUGAGACUUGGCACAUCCAGACGUUGCCGUCUCAGGAGGACAACACUAACGGUGCAAAAAGUCAAGUAUUGGUGAAUCCGGGAGACGAACGGACUUUUGUGUACGCUGUCUGUCACGUUAACUCGACUUCCCGCGCUGCGCCUGGUGCCACUCUUUGCUGCUUCACUCAUGCCUUCGCCACAGGUGCUGCUUCUGUGCUCAUACAAUCUGAACUUCAAGGACCUACUUUCCUUUAUCUGCCUGCUGCUUGUGUUUGUUCCCAACAUCUUAUCUCUUUCCACUGUCCAGAUCCUCUGUCGUUUUUAAGAGUUUUACUUGGUGUAUCAAUGUUGGCAUUAAUUGUUGCACAGAGUUUGAUUUGAUAAUCACUUUAGAGUUGUUACUCUGUAAUCACCUCUUUACUUUCCCCAAGGCUCAUGCUUUUAUCUUAAGUCUUUAGAUUGAAACAUCCGGCCACCUGGAAAAAUGAGCAGUAGUCAAAAGGCGGUGAAUAUUUCUGCAUCAUUGCAACUCAGAGAUGCAUAGGUUUACCCUCCUGUGGUUUUAGCGCUACGCUCUGUAGGAGCAAAGCAGAUGUCAAGUCUGACGGGGUUCUCCCAUCACUGGCGCAUGCACACACACAAAUAAAAAAAAUCGGAAAAGCGUGUGCAAGUUCAGCGUGACCAGCAUGGACCACGCACCCGGUAAAAAGAUGGCGGGGUCCCAUUGACUCCAUGUCUUAAGAUCGCAGGACGGUUAAGAACUACUUUUCAUUUUUACCAGCAAACAUAAUUUUUCCUAAAUACAUUUAGGCUACUUCACUUAAGUUAAAAUGUUCCUAGAAGUUAAUAGUUUUUAUUAACAACUAUUCAAGUAAUAUAAAAUAGCACAACAGAUGCUUACAAACAUUUAUUAAAAGCCUUAAACCAAAUUACAUAUUUCCAUUGAAAAAUCUUGAGAAAAGUUUAGAAAAAAUACUCUUAUGUCUAGAAAUAUUUCCUACUACUCACUGAGUGUGUGGGCAAGAUAAAUGUUGAUCUUCUAGAAAUAUUAGCCUACCAUGUAGCGGUUAAAAGAAAUGGAUUUCUGUCUUACAUUGUGUUUGUACCCCAAGCCAACAAGAAAUCUUAAAAAGAAUGAAUAAAAUAAAAAAAAGCUAAAGUUACAUUAAUUCUAUGCUUUUGGAGGCGGAGGUGUCAGCAAUCAAUUGUAGCUAAAUGCGUUUCAGCUAAAGGUUGGCAUUUCCUCUAACUUUCGGUAAGAAAGGCAACUGCAAUAAAGGGUUGACUUGUUUACCUCCCUAAAACAUGUAAAGGUGUUUUACCCAUUAGGGGUAAAACAUGGUGGGUAAAUAUCACAACCUGAUAUCCAAACUAUCAUUCUCUGAUGGUUUAUAUUAGAACCUGAAUAAACUAUCAGGUUUACUAUCAGCAAACAGUCGGAUUGAGUUCCAAGUGUUCAUUAAUGUCUUUUUACCGCCACCUGUUGGGAACAGCCACACACUGCAGCCAUUUUUUUGUUAGUAAAACACUGUUACCGCACUGAAUGACUCGAGGACACAUUAGAAGUUAGAUUACGGUAAAACUCUUGCUAUGCACAUCAGCCUUUCUGGUGAUUCUCCUUUAUUAUUUCUGCUCUAUGCUGAGCUGUCAGUUGCCAAAAUAUGAUUUAUGAUGGAUGAAAGUGAGCUGAGAACUUCUGCUGGUAUAGAUUAAAGAAAAGCUUCUAUUUAGAUUGACUUUUUUUUUUUGUUUUUUUGUAAAUGUACUUUUCUCUGGCCUCUGAAGAGGGCGCUGUUGCACUCCCAUUUAUUCAGAUUUUAAAAUUAAAGGAAAAAUGUGUGAUUACAACUAGUUGAUUUCAAGGGAUUAAAAAUCUGUGUUUAAUCAUUAUUAUAACAUCAGAGUUGGGAGGGAAAUGUGACUGAAGCCGUUUUGACCUGAAUUUAUCUUUCAGGUAAAGGUUUAAAAACGACACAAAUUAGAUUUCCAAGCUUCUCCCAUUAGCGUCACGCCAGGAUGCUCUUAUACGCAUCGUACCUCGGUUAGCCGCUUUCGUAACAUGCAGUUCGCCAUCAGCUCGGUCAGUCGUUCGGUUCGUCUAAACGCAGGCGUAAACAUUUCGUAGCCACAUUAACGGUGUCUCAACUGAUCUGAGUGUGAAGGGAUUCUGUGUUUCUUCCACUGCUUUUACUUCAGGUACACUCACGAGCUCUUUGAAGUGUCUUAUCUAUUUUCACUCCGUAUAUUUACACAGAAAAA